CUUCUACAGACUGACCCCUCCACAGUCACGGCAGAUAUGGCAUCUUGGAGUGCGGCUCGUCUGACAGUACCUCUCUGGCUGUGUCUCCUGGGUUGUCUCUGUGAUCAGCAUGUCUACCCAUCGGUGGGCACUUUAUUUGUCCACAAGCUAGAUACGGAGGAUUACCAGCAGCUCUUUCUGAAUAAAUCUGGUCAACCUUACCCAGUUUCAUUUCGUGCUAAUUUGGUGGGAUUCCCUGACCUGCCCAGAUGGUUGCGUUACACCCAGCGCUCCCCAUGGCACAGUGCAUAUUUUUACGGAUCCCCUACCAAGCCUGGGAAGCAUGUCAUAGAGGUAACAGUAUACAACCGGAAGACCUUUGAAACCCUUAGAGAGAAGAUCAUUUUCAACAUUCUUUCUCCAACAGAUGUGCCACCACUGUAUGAAGCUGAAUUUUUGAUUGACAAUGUGGAUGUGGAAGAGAUGCUCCCGCCAGAGGCCAGGCACAACUUUCAGGUCCCUCUGCAGGAACUUUGGAAUACUCAGAGACUCUCUGUCAUUAAUGUCACCUCCGCGCUGGACAAAGGAGGUAGAGUGCCGUUGCCACUGCCCGGACUAAAAGAGGGGGUGUUUGUAAAGGUGGGAUCUGUUGUCCCCUUCCCAGAGUGUCUUUAUGAGACCCAAAAGCCGCAGAUCCGGCAGCAGUGCAAAGAAGCAAAGAGACCAGUGUUAUGUUCUGAGCUAUUGGUAAAUGACUUCAGAAUAGACUGGUGCAAUGUGACCUUGGUCGAUGAGUCAGAAUCCUCUCCUACUCCUCUUAGUUUUGAACCCCUAGAAUGGGAUGAAGAGUUUAAGCCUCCUUCUGAUGAAUUGGGUGAAACGGACUACUUCCCAGAUUACCUGCUGACUAUGUUACUCCCCAUUCUCGUUGCCUUCCUUCUGUGCGCCCUGCUGUCCUAUAUCAUGUGCUGCCGCAGGGAAGGGGUGGAAAAGAGAGAUGCAGAGACAUCUGAACUCCAGCUAGUUCACCAACAGUCAAUAUUCUCCAACACUGAAGAGCUUCGGCAUAUGGCUUCCAACAGGGAUGUUCCUCGACCCCUUUCAACGCUGCCAAUGUUCAAUAUCCGUACUGGACAGAGGACCUCCCCAAUGGACUUGUCAGGCGAUAGUGCUCAUGUACCUCUCAUACUGUCUCAGCAGUGAAUGUCCUCCAGAUCCUGUACAAUUUCUCAACAAGGAAAUGAAGUUGUCUGGUAAAUGGAGGUCUGGAGGCUUCUUUGUGGCACUGGAAAGGAUCCUGAAAAUUGUGUUUUUACUACUGUAGUGUAUGUGGUAUGAAUGCAGUCAAUGGUUACAAAAGUAAGCUACUAAAUAAAGAAACCAUUUUCAGAAUA